AUGCCAAUCAAGGCACGCUUGCUCUACCACGAAGCAGCCACUCUGGAUCCUGCAGAAUCCACUCAGAAUAAUAGGCAGCGUCUGGACUUGCUGCAAGAGGCGCUUGACAGCGGGCAAACGGCCAGUGACCUGUGCCCUGCGUCGCUCAGCUGUGCAGCACUCAGAGCGACCAUGGUCACCAAUGCUCUGAGGAUCCAGGACCAGGUGCAGGCGUGGGUGAAGGAGGGCAGGUGGCAGGAGCUGGCUAAUGAGAAGAGGGAGGUCCUGCUCCACAUGCAGGACGUGCUGCGCAGCUGCCACACCCUGCUGCAGACCACGCAGAUCCCCAUGAACGGCGUCGUCAACCUGCUGCAGCACAUCCUGAAGCCGCACCACGAGGAGCUCAAGGCGUGGGCGAAUCAGCUGCUGCUGAGCAAGACGGCGCUGCUGGAGGCGCUGCAGCAGCAGGUGGAGAAGCAGCAGGCCAUGGCCGACCUCAUCAAGCGCAUCAAGCCGCAGGACGGCUGCGCCGCGCGCUCGGCCGGCCCAAUGGCCAGCGUGCCGCAGCCCUCGUUGGGGCCGCGCCAGGACGGGCCCGCCUCCCAGGCCAGCCUAUCCAUGGACCGCGACUUCGACUACGGCAAGGACCCGACGGCUCUGAACCGGCGGAAGGCGCGCAAGGCGAACGAGCGGCGCAACGAGCUGACCAUGCAGGAGCGGUUCCAGGACGUGAAGGACUUCUGGCUGAAGCAGGGCCCAACGCGGCGGCGGCAGCUGCUCAAAGUCCCCAUCCGGCGCCUGCUGCAGGUCAUCCAGAGGGAGCAUGGGCAGCAGAUAGCAGAGGAGCUGGAGCAUGGGCUGAGCCUGCUGAGGGAGUACAGCAACAUGCGCGCCUGCUUCUGGAUCUGCCCCUUCUGCCCCGGCAAGGAGGGCGCGCCGCGGCAGUUCACCAGCGCCAAGGACUUCCUCACCCACGUGGACGCCUGCCACGAGGGCGUCCAGCUCAGUGAGGACGGCUUGCCCUGCAUCUGCAACAGCUGCAAUUGCCAGGUUGUUGGGGACCACUACAGGAGCACGGCAGAGACGGGCGGAGUGCUCUGCCUGCGCUGCCACCACCUGGAGCUGGUGGGCGGCGGCCAGGCCAAGCUGCAGUCCUAUGAGCGCAUCGCUUCGCAGGACCCCGCCUCCCUGCACUGCGGCUGGGAGGAUGACUCGGACUUCUUCUCCAGCCGCGGCAGCUUUGGGAGUCUGGACGAGGAGUAUGUGCGCGACAGCCUGGCGGCGCUGGGGUCGCGGCUGCCGCCGGGCGCGCUGCCGCCGUUCGGCACCGCGGAAGCCUCGCAGUGGUUUGACGACUGGAACCAGAGCAUGGAGGCCCAGAUGCGCAGCCGGCUGCCUUUUGGGCCCGACGGGCAGCAGGUGCUUCAGCCGGAGCAGAUGCCGCCGGGGUCCAUGGCGCUUGGGCACCCGGUCUUUGCGCCGGUGCAGCUCGAUGCAGGGUCAUCUGGUGCGCAGCAGGCGGCAGAGCAGGUGCCGCACCUGAAUGGAGGGGUAUCGCUGCCCCCGCGGGGCACGCGCAGAAGCCGUGGGGAGAGCGGUGCUGAGGGUGAUGGGGGCAGCUCGGCUGCGGCCACCGACGGCAGUGGAGCCUCGCAUCCAUGGGGGGUGAAUGGGCCGAGCAUGAACAGCGGUGAGGGUCAGACGGACGGCAGCUCGCCCUGGAGGAGCCUGUUCCCGAAGCAGCUGGAGCUGUGGCGGAACGCGUACUCCGAGAGGGCGGCGGGCGCCCAGAACGGGGGCUCCUCCACGCCGAUGCUGUCAUAUGCCGACAGGGUCAGAAAGGCUGGCUUCCCCAAACCAGAGGCGGCCCCGCUGCCUCCUGCUCUGACGAAUGGCACUGCGCCGCAUGCGGCUGCGUCCUCAAUGAUUGCCAUGCAGCCGAUGCCUUGGCUGCCGGCCAGCGGAGCGCCAUUGGGCAUGAUCCACGCGCCCUACCCGGACCCUGCUUCUCUGGGGGCCAUGCUGCCCAUGGAGGCUGCCCAGAUCGGGCCGCCGGGCAGCUACGAGGGGCAGCUGGUAUCGCACAUUAUGCAGUAUAUCAACAACCUGUGGCGCGUCGACCCCAGCAACUUUGCGGCCACGCUCAACAUGAUCUGCAUGCGCGCGCCCGCCCUCAUGCAGCGCAUGAUGGACCACGAGCUGGCCGCCAACGCCGCCGUGGACGAGCGUUUCGCAGCACAGCAGCAGGGCGCUGCCGGGACGGCUGCGGCCGCGCCGUCGCAGCCCGCUCUGCCGCCCUCCAGCAAACCGCUGCAGCACCCGCACGAGCUGGAGGCGGCGCUGAGCCAGCUGCCCAUGGGCGACCUGAACACGCUGCUGCGCUACAUCUGCCAGUACAUGCCGAUGGGGCCCUGCCCGGGCGUCGUCCCCCCCACUGGCCCACCCCUCUCUGACGGCACCAGCAGCGACGGGGGGGACUGGGACGAGGAGCAGGUGUGCCCGCCGCUGUUCGGCUUCGCAUCACCCUCGGACGCAGACCAGCUGGACAACAUCGCCGACGACGUCCUGGGCGCUCAGGGCGCCGAGGAGGACACCCGCCUCAUCAGGGCCCAGGAGGAGCCAGAGCUUGAGGACAACACGGCGGAGGCAGGGGAGCCAAGCCUGGUGGUGCAGCCCUGGUGGAUGAACCACCUGCUGGAGGCCAGGGGCGCCGACACAAAUGGAACCCCCGGCGGCACUACCACCGGCGGCAUCGCGGAGGCGGACGUCGGUCUGCGGCUGCUGCGCUGGGCGUACGGCGCGGUGGUGAACACGACGGCCGCGGCGGUGAUGGAGCGGCGGCGCGAACUGCUGAGCGGCAAGACGGCCGACGCUGCGCUGCUGGGCCUCUAUGAGGACAUCGCACGCGUGUGGCGCCGCCUCAACGAGCUCGGCUCCAAGAAGAGCCGCCUGCAGCAGCUGCGGCGCGGGUCGGAGCGGGCGAUCCGGGAGGUGCGGGAGCUGGAGGAGAGGGGCUCGGCGUCGCUGCGGGCGCAGGCGGCGCAGUACGUGGAGGCGCUGCUGCCUCCCAGCGAGGCGGCCCAGGGGCAGCCCUGUGCGCCCUCCGCUGUGCGCCAGUUCUGCGAGGCCGCCGUCAAGCAGCCCUCCCAGGAGCAGCAGAUGCAGCUGCUCGCCGACCCCUCCGCUGUCAGGUACGCGCAAGCGCUGCUGGACAGGGAGAUGGCGGCGCUGGGGCUGCAGCAGGCGAUGUGGGCGGAGGAGGCGCGCGAGAGCGCCGUGCAGGGAUCCGCCGCGGCCGAACGCCUGGCCGCCGCGCAGGCCGAGCUGGCCGACGCGGAUGCGGAGCUCAACCACGUGCAGCUGGAAGGCCCCGCCAACCACCGCAAGCGCGACCCCAUCGACAAGGCUACAAAGGAGGCGGAGUACCGGGAGAAGGUGGCGGACCUGAAGGCGCGCAUCGACAGCUGCACCGCGCGUGUCAACUCCGAGGAGGAGCAGGUCAACACCGCCAAGGUGAUCCGGGAGGAGAAUGCGAAGCGGCAGCACGACAACGCGGCGGCGCAGCUGCGCACGUGCACGGACCACCGCUGCACCAUGGACGCGCUGCUCAACCCGGACGGCGUUCCCUCCGACUUCCUGGCGGCCGCCGACAACUCUGAGGCCGCAUCCCUUGCGCAGCAGCCCUGGUACCGCAUCCUCUACGUCGCCCAGGCCAUCAACCUAUACGCGGAGAGGCCAUACCUGCAGCCGGGGCUGCCGGAGGCCCGGGACUUUGCACAGGCGACCGAGCACUCCAAGCAGCUCACCAACGCCUUCAGGUCCGACAUCCAGAAGUUCUGGGACGAGCUGGAGAACGCUCGGCGCAAGCUCCAGGAGCUGGCCUGCGUGGACUUGGCCGGGGAGAUAACUGAGAGGGCACUGGAGCUGGUGCGUGCACACAUCGAGGCAGCUGCCGCCCACGACAGGGAGGAAGCUGCCGCGCGGCUGCUGCUCGAGCUGGAGCUGGAGGAUGCCGGCAAGAAGGCUGCCGAGGAGAAGAAGGGGAAGAAGAUCAAGGCGAAGAAGAAGGCUGGCAAGGCUCCAAAGGGUGAAAGAGAGAGUGAAGCGGCGCUUCAGACAGACGCAGCGCCAGCAGCUGCGAGGAUAAAGCAGCAAGGGUCCCAGAAGGACCUGGACAUUGAGUAUGAGGCGGCGCUGGAGCGGCGAAGGAAAGAGGUUGAGGGGGAGAAGCUGCAGCGACACAAGGAGCAGGAACGCCUCCGGACGGCCGCAGCCAGCCAGCAGCAGGCUGAGACCUCCGAAGUGACGAAUGGAGCGUCGGCCGCUCAAGAGGAGGAGUCGAGCGACGGGGAGGCAAGCGCGCCGGCAGACGCGCCCGCCGCCGAGCCGGGGCCCAAUGGCCUCAUGAACGAGGCGGAAUUUGACGCGGCGACCCGUGCAGCCAUCCAGGCCUCCCUGCGCGACGUGAAGACCCCCCGCGAAUCCGCUGGCGGCCCCGACGCGCAGCCGGAAGCGUCCCCCGACUGGCAGGGCCCGGCCGCCGAGGCCAAGAAGAAGCGCAACCGCAAGCAGCGCUACAAAGAGAACCUGGAGAAGGAGAAGGAGGCAGCGGCCCCGAAGAUGCGCAUCGUGUCGUACUUUGGGGACUGGACCUGCGAGUGCGGCCGCCAAAACCGCCUGUGGGACACCUGCAAGUGCCAGAAGGCCGGCCCCUGCCGCGACUGGGUGCGCGGCCGCUGCAAGUACGGCGACGAGUGCAGGUUCUCGCACCCGCCAUUUGACCUGCCAUCGGGGACUGCGCCAUCAUCACCGAUAGCGCGGCCGUCCAGCGACGCGGAGCAGCUCAACCCGCUCGCACAGCCGCUGCCGCCCGUGCCGCCGCCGCCCUCCGCAAUCACCGCGCCCGGGCCCCGGGACGGCCGCGCCAAGGCCGUCGCCAUGACCGCCUCCGCGUCGGAGAACUCCCUGACAGGCAUGCAGCAGAGCGUGCCUCCUGCCUCUCCCGCUGCUCCGCAGCUUACGAGCACCUGGGAACAGCAGCAGCCACAGCAGCAGCAGCAGGAGCCAGCAGCAUCAAUCCAGCCACCCCCGCCACCGCCGCCGAAGCCGGCGUCGCCGCAGGUGUCACCGGAUGCCGCGCAGGCAAAGAAUCAUCCGGUCCCUGAGCAGCCGCCGCUGCAGGAGCAGCAAGAGCAGCAAGCCCAGCAGCCGGCACCGGCAGUGCAUGAGCACCCAGCCUUUGCGGGCUGGGCAAAGGCAAAGGCGCAGCAGCCACAGCAGGAGCCCGUGAAGGAGCAACCGCCACCGCCGGCAGAGACGAGAGUGGAGGAACCCACCUUCAAACGCUGGGCCCGGGGUGCACCAGGCCCUCUGGCACGCGCCGCAAGCGCCUCAGCCGCUGCCACCAGCGCCAUCAUAUCCAACACGGACCCGGUGGUCUCCUGGAACCCCAGCGGUGUCGCCCUCGCACCUGAGGAGAGGUCACCUCCCGCAGCAGCACAGGCUCCUGUGGCUGAGGGCCCACCCACGCAGGACCAGAUCGUGGCGCCGCCAAAGCGCACAGCCUCGCUGAGCCGGAUCUUUCCUGCGGCGGGCGGCCCGGCCGACACCGCGGCCAUGCCCGGGUGGGCGCAGAUGGGCGGCUGGGGCCGUGGGAAUGGCGGCCUCGGCGGCGUCGCCGUGGCCGCCACGAGCAUCGCCCCGCCUGCUGCUUCGGCUGCGCCCGCUGCGGUGGAUGCGUUUGACCCGUUCGGGGACAACCCGCUGCACCGCGCGCUGGCGGCCGACUACCGGCGUGAUCCGGUGGUCGCGCAGCCGGCCCGCAAGGCGCCCGGGGCCGGCCCCCUGCUGCGGCCCAGCAACCCUGCCGCUCAAGCAGCACCCCCGCUGCGGCCGGCAUUGCCCCCGCCAGCUGCGAAUGUGCACAGGGCUGAGAGCGCAAGCGACAUUCUGGGCUCCAUGUUCUACGGCCAGCAGCGUUUGGGUGCUCCAGAAGUGUCGCUGGCCCCUUUGUUGCAGCAGCAGCGACAGCAGAGCCAGCUGGCACAAUGGUCGAUGCUGCAGGGCCAAAUGCGUGGGUCACCGCUCCCGUCUUCCAACUCCAAUAACGGUGCAAACUCCGUCGCCUCGCUGCCGGCAUGGCUGCCAUCAGCAUCUCCGCAGCAGCAGCAGCCCAGACCGCCAGGGCCUCCUCUGGGUAUCAACGGAGGAUGGGAGGGCAGUGCCGCGCUGCAGAAUGGAUACCACGGCAAAGUGCCGUCCCUGUCUCGGACCAGCAGCAGCCCUGUCAUCUUGGGCCAGCGAUUUGAGGAGCAGCUGGGGCAGAGGCGCCUGCCGGUGCCCAAGGCGGCCCCCGUGUACGGUCUCGAGAGGGUGCAGGCUGUGAACAGCGACCUGCUCAGCUUCCUCAGCGGAACAUGCAUCGCCCUGUGGCACCUGCCCCAGUUCCGCACCAGCCUCAUCACCGUUCAGGACUCGCAGCUGCCGGCCAGCCCCAACCUGCGCGUGCUGUCCGGGCUGCGCGCCGCGUUUGUGGCACUGACCGCCAGCGCUGGGACGCCCUCCUCCCGCUCGCCCUCGCCCUUUGGAGCGCCCACGCUCAACGGCCUAUCCAACCCCACCUCCGUGUUGGCGCAGCAGGGGACGAAUGCGGCACCGCUGGAGGUGCGAGAGGCGCUGGCGCGCGCGGUGGAGGACGCGGUGGGCGGCGCAGCGCUGCAGCCGACCGACCUGCUGCAGGUGCUGCUGGCCUGCCUCGACCGCGCGCUGCCCACGCCCCCCGGCCAGGCCUCCAUCUUCCAGCAGCUGCUCGGCCUGCAGGCCCACCAGGCACGCCACGCCUUUGUGAUGCAGUGCGGGGGAUGCGGUCGCGGGCAGGAGAGUGCAGCGGUGCGCAUGGUGCAGGUGCUGCCGGCGGCUGUGGUGCGCGCUGCGGGCAACCUGCAGCACAGCCAGCAGCCCUCCCUGGAGUCCAUGCUCGCCGUGCACCUGUCAGAGACCCUCUCCAUCGGCGUCUGCCCCCCUGGCAAGGCAAGGCGCGCUGUCAAUGAGAGGCUCAGCAUCCAGACCGACGGUCUGCCAAUUCCAGCAUAUCGUGUGCAGAAGUCCCCGGAGAUGUUGAUGCAGCAGGGCGGCUGCGGCUGGAAGGGCAAGGCGAUGACGCGGCUGAGCGGGUCCCCCGCGGUGUGCGUGGUCGCGCUGGCCUGGUCCGGCCCCGCGCUGCAGGUGGACGUCGUCGCCGUCUGCUCAGCCAUCCCCCUCAAGCUCGACCUCAAGCAGGCCUUCCCAGGGGUGGGCACGGAGGCGAUGCGGCUGCGGUGCAUGCUGUGCGGCAACCUGGGCGGCCACAUGACGUUUGCGCGCGAGGCCGCCGGCGACUCGUGGCGGUUGUUCGCGGCCGGCGCGGCCAUGCCCGUCGGCGAGUGGCCGGCCGUGCUGGCGCGCUGCCGCGUGCACAGCCUGCAACCCCUCGCGCUCUUCUUCGACAGCGCCUGGUGA